CUGCGCUUGCGCUCUGGCGGUUGCGAAGGUGGGACGCUAGGGUAGAGAGCCUGGAACCGGAAGUGAAGGCAGUUUCCCUCCCUCGUCCCUGUCGCUGCCGCCAUACACGCUCCUCUUGCUCAGCUCUUCUAUCAGAAACUGCCUUUUCCUUUGCUGUUCUUCAAGCCCCCCCUUCUCUCUGCCAUUUUCAUUAUUCUGGGAACCCUCCUUCCGAGACACCUCCCCUUCUCCCCCUGCCAGCCCAGUUAUGGCGGAGAAUGAUGUGGACAAUGAGCUCUUGGACUAUGAAGAUGAUGACGUAGAGACGGCAGCUGGGGGAGAUGGGGCUGAAGCCCCUGCCAAGAAAGAUGUCAAAGGCUCCUACGUGUCCAUCCACAGCUCUGGCUUUCGAGAUUUCCUGCUCAAGCCAGAGUUGCUCCGGGCCAUUGUUGACUGUGGCUUUGAGCAUCCAUCAGAAGUCCAGCAUGAAUGCAUCCCUCAGGCCAUUCUGGGAAUGGAUGUCCUAUGCCAGGCAAAGUCAGGCAUGGGAAAGACAGCAGUGUUUGUCUUAGCUACGUUGCAACAGCUGGAGCCAAUUACUGGGCAGGUGUCUGUGCUGGUAAUGUGUCACACUAGGGAGUUGGCUUUUCAGAUCAGCAAGGAAUAUGAGCGUUUCUCAAAAUACAUGCCGAAUGUCAAGGUUGCCGUGUUUUUUGGUGGUCUGUCUAUCAAGAAGGAUGAAGAGGUGCUGAAGAAGAACUGCCCGCAUAUCGUCGUGGGGACUCCUGGUCGCAUCCUAGCCCUGGCUCGAAAUAAGAGCCUCAACCUCAAACACAUUAAACACUUUAUCUUGGACGAAUGCGACAAGAUGCUUGAACAGCUCGACAUGCGUCGGGAUGUCCAGGAAAUUUUUCGCAUGACCCCCCAUGAGAAGCAGGUCAUGAUGUUCAGUGCUACCUUGAGCAAAGAGAUCCGGCCAGUCUGCCGCAAGUUCAUGCAAGAUCCAAUGGAGAUCUUCGUGGAUGAUGAGACCAAGUUGACGCUGCAUGGAUUGCAGCAGUACUACGUGAAACUGAAGGACAACGAGAAGAAUCGCAAGCUCUUUGACCUUCUAGAUGUUCUUGAGUUCAACCAGGUGGUGAUCUUUGUGAAGUCUGUGCAGCGCUGCAUUGCCCUGGCCCAGCUCCUUGUGGAGCAGAACUUCCCAGCCAUUGCCAUCCAUCGUGGAAUGCCUCAGGAGGAGCGGCUUUCUCGGUAUCAGCAGUUUAAAGACUUUCAACGACGGAUUCUUGUGGCUACCAACCUGUUUGGCCGAGGCAUGGACAUCGAGCGGGUGAACAUUGCCUUCAACUACGACAUGCCCGAGGAUUCAGACACCUACCUGCACCGAGUGGCCAGAGCAGGCCGGUUUGGCACCAAGGGUUUGGCCAUCACCUUUGUGUCAGAUGAGAAUGAUGCCAAGAUCCUUAAUGAUGUUCAGGACCGUUUUGAGGUCAACAUCAGUGAGCUACCAGAUGAGAUAGACAUCUCCUCCUACAUUGAACAGACCCGGUAGAGGAGACAUCCAUUCUGGAUUGUGGCGGUCUCUCUUCAGAAGAGGACACUACUGCCACCUGCCCCCAACAACGAUUCUUAGCCCUACCCAUGCUUUGUUUUGCAUCACCACCAGUCCCAAACCCAUUCCUGGUUUAUCAGAAUUUUUUUAACAAAACUAAAAAUGAAACACAAAUGUG